AUGCGGCUUUCUGAGCCAGGAGGUGCGCGCUUUCUGCCGCGGACGGCUGCCGCGGCGGACGCGUCCCCAUCGGUGCUCACAGCCACGCGCGCACGGACGAGCGGGGAGUGUCGCCCCUGUGCACGCAGUGGGAAGUGGCCCCCGGAGAGGAGUUGGGGAGCACGCGCGCGCACCCUGCAGUGCGCACGGCAGCAGGGCGGUUCCUGCACCUGCGACGAAGGCUCCUGCAAGUGCGAGGGAUGCAAAUGCACCUCCUGCAAGAAGAAAUGUGAGAAAUGCGCCAAGGAUUGCGUGUGCAAAGGUGGAGAGGGCACGGAGGCCGAGGCUGAGAAGUGCAGCUGCUGCCAGUGA